AUGGUAUCUAAGAUAUCUCAUGCUGGCAAUCCUUACAAAGUUGGAGGUAAAAUUAAACUAUAUGAUGAUGAUGAUGUGAUUUCGGGAGAUAACUAUUACAUUGUCGAUGCUGGUGUUUGCCACAAAAAGGAAAACAUGACACAUAAAGGAAAAGCAACUGAUGCUUCAUCCAGCAUUGAAAGUUCAUAUGGAAAAAGUACUGCAUCAAAACUAGCUUCAACGCAUCCUGAUUUAAUAAUAGAAGGAGAUGUACAAAUACUGGGUAGUGUAGAGACACCAUCUGAAGUGUUAAGUAUUAAAUACACUUCAGGUUACCAAUAUUUGGCAGUCGGCAUGACCAAUGGAACAAUUGAUUUGUAUACAAUGCCUACUGGUGUUCUAGUCCGUAACUUAGCUGAAAAAGAUAAAGGCUCAGUGGGUCCUGUAACAAAUAUAAAACAUGGCAUGACCCCACUUCAUGUAAGGAACAUAACUGCAACACAUGUUGACGGUACUAUUAAAUGCUGGGAUAUACACAGUGGAUCUAUUAAAUAUUCUAUCAGGGAGAAACGUCAAGUACUUGGUCUUGCUUAUCAUCCUCAGUUGGCCAAAUUUAUAACAUUUGGUGAAGAUGCAAGAAUACAUCUGUAUGAUGAGGAGUCUUCUUGUCUAGAAGGAGUGUAUGAACCCACUGAUCUUCCAGAAGCAGUAGAUGGUCAUGUUUCUCGAGUAUUCUCUGGCUGUUUCAAUCCAGCGAUGCCUUAUGAAUUUAUAACUGGUGGAUGGGAUGAUACAAUUCAAGUGUGGGAUACUAGAGUGAAUCAGUCUAUAAGGCACAUGUCAGGGGCUCAUAUUUGUGGUGAUGGUUUAGAUAUUAAUUCAUCUGGAAAACAAGCAAGUAUACUAAAUCAGUUUUUCAUGGCAAAAAACAAACCCUCAUCAACUGUGGGACUACGCAACAGGGAAACUACUCAUGAAUUUUGA